UUGAUUUUAAAUAUUUUUUCAGUUUUUUAGAAAUUUAUUAAUUUAUUAAUGAAUUUUUUUACAUUUUUAAGCAUUUAUAAUUUUUAUUGAUAAAAUUAGUGUAUUCCAAACUGUUUGUCGUAUUUUUUUGGAAACAUUUGUGAUGGUCGUGGUUUACCUCAAAAAGUUUGAACAGCACUGUAUUGAAUAAUUGAAUUUAAUCAGUGAUGAAUGACUGUUUUCUAGAAUUUAGAACUAAUUUAGCAUCCAAAAGUUUCCACAAAAAAAUUACAGGAUUUCUUGUGUAAUUUUUGAUUUCAUUCAAAACAUAAGACUCAAUUAAAGUAAAAUCAAUUGAAGUCUCUUUUCAAGAAAAUUAAUUGAAAGUAGUGUAAGUAUUUUAUUCCUAUUUAAUAAUAUCACAUUUGCCAUCCGCACUCAUAAAUAUUAAUUUUUGAUGCAUACUUAAAUGGCAAUUCAGAGUUGAAAUUUUCAUUCAAUACCGGAUCAGUCGCCAUUUUUUUUAAAAUAAUUUCUAAUACACUGACAUCAAAUACACAAUAACUGUGAGAAAUUUUUUUUUUCGUGUGUGCAUCGAUAAUUCUAAAACUGUUUAUCCCCCUUGACAAGUAUCAUUUUUUUUUUAUUUAAAGAAGAUUGGCUGGUUCAAAUCAAUAAAUAAAUACGCUUCAACAAGAUUAUUUUGAUCAAGGCGUAGAAACUCAGGAUUAAACCUAAAAAAUCCCAAAAAAGCCCAUAAACAUAAACAUGUGAAAUCCCUUUUAAAUACCGAAAUUAUUUUUAGGAUUUUUGGGAUUUUUCACGAUAAAUCCUUAGUUUCCACACCUUAAUUUUAAUUCUUCAAUUAAUAAUGUUGACAUAAUUUGAAUUUAUUAAAAUCAACCCUAACCUCCUUUAUUACAGAAUCUCACCACGUGUUCUCAUCAAAAAAUCAAAAGCAUUUAAUCAUGAUGUGCAUCCAACUGACCGACUAUUUAGCUAUUUUGUAUUUAAUGUUUCAAUUCGUUUAUGAAUGCUUAAAAAUGUUCAUGAUCAGUUUCUUUCCACAUUAUGGCAUGAUAGGCAGCAUAUACAUAAUGUCUUCAACAUUUCCAGAUCUUGCGUUUACCCCGAUAGAACAAGUAAGAUUUAAAGAAAUUAUAUAUGACAGAAGAGAUGCGUAUAAUGGUCAUAUAAAACCCAAAUUUGAUUUAGUAUCGCAAGACCGAUUUAUAAAGUUUAAACCAUUUAAUGACAGUAUAAAGUGGAUCUUAAAAGAGUUAAAAACAACCGAAAAUCUUGGAUCUUUGUUAAUAACAUCAGAAAACGGUUUACCUUGUGUGAUACUUCGCUCGGUCGUUAACUUUCCGAGACUGACAAUCAAUACGUUUUUGACGAGUUUAGGACCUAUUGCAGAGAGAUGGCGUGUAUUGAGCAUGAGUCAACUGAAUCAAAAUGAAUUUGAUGUAAUCUUUCAAGUUGAUGCAAACGGAUACGAUACAGUUUUGAGACAAAAUUGGAUUCCAUUUGGACAUAACAAAAUUGAAAUACACUUGGAAAGAAUUGUAAAACCAAGAAUCAUCACGUGUGGUGGGCUGUCUAUUGAAGAACCGAAUCAAUUUUUUUAUGCAGCUUUUUUCAUGACGAUCUUAUUAGGAAUCUCGACUUUUGGAUUGAUGGCAGUUUUUUAAUAGUUUUUUAAUAUAUUUGUUUAAUUAAUUAAUUUCUGGAUUUUUUUCAAUAUUCAUUUUUUUUUUCCUAUUUCUCCAAUUUUCAUAAUUUUCAGAUCGAAUCUUGAGAUUUUUGAUUUUAUUUUAUUAUCAGAAUGUUUUAAAAAUAUUAAUUUAAUUGCUCCGGAUCGUCAACUUGAAAUAUUUAUUACAUCGAAUUGAUAAAGUUGAAUUUCAUUUGAAUAAGUUAUAAGUUUCUAUAGUUUUUCAAUUUAAUUCAAUUAAGAAUACAUUUGUAUUAGUUUGUUCAUGUAUUAUGUAGCACUAGAUUCACUAUUGAGUCAGUUUAGAGUUUUAACAUUAAAAUUUCCGAUGACUUAUUUCCUGCUAAUUAUUUGUGGUAUUUUAUACAGCCUCUAGUGGUUAAAAUUGUAUUAUCAACAAAUGCGAAUAUUGUGUUAUCAUCACUUGUUCUCCAUGUUAGACUCGAUUGCUUUUUUUUUGUCAUACAUACUUGGUUUGUAUAUUUGCAACAAAAAAAUUGAAGCUUAGCAAAUAUGAACAUUGCAUUUAUGUGCAUUAGCCAUGAAAAUUAGUGAUAAAUAGUUCAGGAUGUCAAUAGCUUCAGCUAGAUCAAGGCAUAAAUAAUGUCAUAAAUGAUUUCAUAAAUUUUGUUCAUUUUAGACUCAUUUUAAAAACAUUUUUAAAUUUAAAAGAGUUUUUUGGUAAACUUCAUGUUGAACCUAAACUGAAUAACGCGCGAAAUAAAGAGUUCAAUAGUUGACAUCACGUGGCACUAAGUCAACUUGCACAUUUUGCCGUUCGAGUCACAACUUUUAUUCACCAAUCUUUCAUUUAACUUUAAAUAUUAUUUUUUUUACUUUUUUUAUAAUUUCAUAUUGGAAAGAUAAAAUAAUAAAGUCUUCCUUACUUUUUCAAUUAUUUACACAUUUCACUUAUUGAUCACAUGUUAGUCCAUUUCUUAUCUAAGAAUUGAUUAUCAGUUUUUAAAAAUAACGAUGUGACUUCGAGCUUUAUGAAUCUCAUACUAAAUAUUAAGUACGUU